UGCGCAGCGUCCCCAAGCAUCCCGGAAGCGUUCUGCGCGCUGAUGUCGGUAUUACACACCACAUUACCUGAAAAACAACACGCUCAGCAACAACACGGCCGUAAUCUUAUCCUAUUGCGAACGGCUACAGUUACUCAACAGUCCAGAAUAACUUAAUCGCGGGAAGUUUUUCUUUCAAGCGAUUUUCAAGAUUGCCAUCAAGGCAUCUGGGGAUAUGACUUGCUUAAACUUUCGUUGGACGUGCUAGCGACCACCUUCCACAUUCUUUGCAGGAAAUUGUCGGAUCCUUCUUGAUACUUUAAUAACCAGACUUAACCAGUCAAAAUGCCUAGCCGCAGCAGUGUGACCGGAUCGAGCAACCACACCAGCAAAGUCAGAUACUCCAAGCUGCCGGAUAGCGAUGACGGCUACAUCGAUUUGCAGUUCAAGAAGACUCCGCCCAAAGUUCCAUAUAAGGCCAUCGCCCUGGCCACUGUCCUCUUCCUGAUUGGCUCUUUACUAAUUGUCAUUGGAGCGCUUCUUCUGGCGGGGUACAUCGAAGUAACGCACCCAGACCGCACUGUUCCAGUCCUCAUCAUCGGAAUCCUGGUCUUCCUUCCAGGGUUCUACCAUCUGCGGAUUGCCUACUAUGCAUCCAGAGGUUACCGUGGUUAUUCCUAUGAAGACAUACCUGACUUUGAUGACUAACUGUCCAUGGGACAGCUGAAGUCUCGGGCUGCAUAUAAGGCAGUUCUGAAUUCUCGGCUUGACAGUAGCAAGAAUCACCUAUUACCAGAAUGCCGUUUUGCUUCAAGAGACAUAUUAGAUUCCUGGAAAUAGUUUGUUUGGAGAGUAUUAUGUCCAAAGAAAGAGAAAUUUUAUGUUUUAAAUACCAGUGUAUUUUUUUAAGAGCAAAUAAGUGGUUGUAGCAGGUAUUAGCAUCAUCAUUUAUAAACAGUCAAUUGUUUCUAUUUACUGCAAGUGAAAGUUCAGGCCUUAUUGAUCACAUAUCCAUCUGUUGUCCAUUGUUUUAUCAAAGGUGUCAAAACUCUUCUCCUCAUGGAUCUUCAUUGUUCAGCUUUCUCUCCUUAAAGAGUUACAGGAAAUAACAUGGUUGGAACAUUUCUGGUCUCAUUUCUUAGAUAAACAUUAGUAGCUUUGAAGAUUUUUUUUUUCUAGAUCCUUCAUUGCAACUCUGCCAAGUGCAAGUCUGUGAUGUAUUUCCUGACUCCUGAGUCCUUUGUGGUUGAUUAUUCCUUGGAGGCCAAAGUGGUCCAUAACUUUAAUAUCUAUACCAUUAACCCCAAAGCUGCUAUUACUUUAGUCAUGACCAUUGUUUUCUACUCUAAAUGUAAUGUUAUCACUAUGUAUAUAUACACAUGGUUGAUGAUGUUUUUCCACCAUUCUUGAGUCUUACCUGCUUCAAGUCCACCUCCUGUCAUUAUACAUCCCGUAAACAGAUUGACAUGGCCUGGUCACAGUAUGCAACAUUAUUUUCCAGUGUAGAGUAUCUUAUUAAGGACAGUGAGAUACACUUUGGAAUGUUCUCAGGAAAAGUAGUAACAUUAUCAACACGAUCAAAGACUUUGUUGUCAAUUAAGUACCUCCUUCCAUAGGUCAACUAAAGGUCAUAGAACCAUGAUUUUCCAAUUUGAACAAUGAAAGAAAGUAGUACACUUAAGUUACUUUGGCAGCUAUAGCGUAGUGGUACUGUAGCAAUUGUGGAUGAGCUCUAAUCUCAAGGUUGUUUGUCUAGUGAAUAAUAAAAUUAAGCUAUGUUAAAGUGUACAGUUCAUUUAGCUGACUCUAAAUAACCGGAGGAGUCUUCAUUAAAGUAACAGGUUUAUUUCCUUGCUUUUAUUUUUGAAAGGUUUCUGACAGAUCUUAACAUUUGGCUUUAAGAACAUUUCAUGUUUAUGCUGGUAUGGUAACUUAUAAAGUGAAGCAACAUUCCUGAUUUUUAAGAAUGUUUCCUGUUAUUCUAAUCAUUGCCUAUCACUCCCUCCCUGGUCAGUCAUAAUCCUUAAAAGGUCUCAGUUUUUCAGACGUGAAGUUCAAUAUGGGGAAAUCGUUUGCUAACUUGUGAUCUAGUACCUUAUUAUGCUGCAGGUGAUCUUUAUGAGAAUAGGUGUUACUGAAUGGAAGGGAACAUCAUAACGAAAGGGUGUAAAUUGUUUUAUUUUUCUAAUUACAUGCUGGUGAUGUUUAGAAAAUGGAUAGCAGCAACUGAAAGUGACAUACCGUCCCGGGGACCCAAAAAUAUGUUUUUCUUGAGCUGCUCUUGGCCGGUCAGCUGCCUGCUUUUUAAACUGCAAUUCUCUGUCAUCUAAAAUUUCAAAUGACAAAACCGUACUUGCUUGUUUCAGUUUAGUGGAAAACACGCAGUGGUUGUAAUGGUCUGUAUUAAGUAUUUAUGAAGCAUACUUAGUUAUAACAAAAAAAAACUUUCAUGACAGCAUAUCUUGUCAACUUCCUAAGGAAUUCACCAUGUAUGAUGCAAAUUAGUAAUAUAUGUUCUGGCCUUUA